AAUUUAUGAAUAAAAAUGUUAUCUGGAAGACCUGCUGUAACAGAAAAUCCUUUGGGACUUUCUUGGCAUGACAGUGCAUGGAUUCCUGUAUUAAAUCCAAAUAAUAUAAUGGAUUAUUUUUCAGAAAGGAGUAAUCCUUUCUAUGAUAGAACAUGUAAUAACGAAAUUGUUAAAAUGCAACGUUUAAGUCCUGAUCAAUUACAAAAUAUGACUGGGUUGGAAUAUAUUCUUUUACAUGUACAAGCCCCUAUUUUAUAUGUAAUCAGAAAGCAACAUCGUCAUUCUCCAACUUUAGCAGCACCACUUGCAGAUUAUUAUAUUAUUGCAGGUGUUGUAUAUCAAGCUCCUGAUUUGGCAUCAGUUGUGAGCUCUAGAUUGUUAUCUACAGUACAUCAUUUACAAUCUGCUUUUGAAGAAGCUAGUUCAUGUUCAAGGUAUCAUCCUAGCAAAGGUUAUUAUUGGGAUUUUAAAAAUGGAAAAGCUAUGGCAGCAAAGAAAGAGACACCUGUUCGUGAAGAACCAAGUUCUUUAUUUCAGCGUCAAAGAGUAGAUAUGUUACUUGCAGAACUUACACGAAAAUUUCCAUUACCUGUUCCGAAGCCAGUACAUCAAGCUAUAGAACCUUCAAUGGAAAUUAAACAAGAAAUAAAAACAGAAAAGAAGGACAUGAAACCACCACCAGAAAAGAACCAAAAAUCAAUUAAUAGUUAAUUUAUAAAAAUUUAAUAAUAUAAUAUUUUAUAAAAAAAU